ACGUUUGCCGCGAAAAGACUUGAUUCGUCUCCCUGCACAGUAAUAGGGACAGCUCACGGUUUAGUAACGCGGCUUGUGGCAAAUUCCGAUGCCAGUCUAGUUCGAGUCCUCGACCGGGUUGGACACACACCUUAAAAAGUGCGCGCCCCUGGUCUAAAAACCACUCAUUUAACCGGAGUUCUAGUUCCGGGUUUCAAGACCAAGGAUGUCUCUGUGCGUGCGUGGGAUACCAAACUUCCGGUCUAGUGAUUCGAAACAGAAGUGAACUCACCGGGUGGAUUGCGUUCAUCAUCACGUCCGGUGAAGCUCUUCUAACAAGUUGGAAAAGCGCCAUAGUGGGGAACCAAGAAGAGAGUCACUUUUCGGUGCGGUCCCAGGUGAUUUUUUUCGGGUCCGUUUGCCGGAUCAGUGCCGAAACAUCCGCCGCGGAGUGGGUUUGAUAUUUCAUUUUUACGACCAUUAUCUGCCAAUUGUGUUGGAGCAGCGCAUUGGCAUGGGGACGGUGUGAGAAAAAAUAAACGAAAAUUAUCGAUACAUUUCGCGGCCACAGUUCGUUGAAGCUAAAUUGAUGCUAGUAGAAUCGAUAGGUUGAAUACCAGAGGCCUCCCCCCCUUCAGUGGUUUUGUGUAUCCGGAAUAUUGUUCUUCUCUGUGUAACGUGUCUAUGUGCGUUUUGUAAAUAAUCUCGCAACGUCGACAGAAGGUGUCGGUUUACCUGUACAUACUUGAAUUCUGGCUGAGCGAAUUGAGCAGCCGAAAACGAUUAGAAGCUGUUUUGUGGAUGUUGGAAUGCGCGUAUCAGCAGUGGCGCAGAAUCUCUACCCUUCCCAGGAAGUUUGAAAACAAAUUCACCGGACUGGGAUUAGUUUUUCUGUUGUUCGAAGAAUUGAAAAAAGCUCAUCAAAAUUGCUGUUCAAUGUAGAUAUAAGAAGUUAACCCGUUGUAAAUGAUGGAUUCUAAUACUGGAUCCAUAUGCUUUCCGGAUUGUGUAAACCAUAAAUUUAAAAAUAAGCCAAAAGAAAACCCCCACGGCAAACUUUUCGCAUCACCAAUAAGCACCGUGUUCGGUGGCAUUUAUGAUAAGUAAUCUUCGGAAGCGGACGGACGAAAAUUCCGAUAAACCUUUCAUCAUCGGUAGAGUGAACAAUGGAAAACCGAAGUCCCGAUAGAAACGGCUCCCAUUCUACCGACUUUACUGGCAACCUUAACUUGACGAAACCCCGCCUGUGGGGUGGGGGGAGCAAUCCGAUGGAAGGAGGCCGGUGGCUACCAGUAGUGACCACGAGAGUAUCACAAAUUUUGACAGACGUCGUUUUGCCAGGGACGCCGGCGUCGGCGUCGUUAUCGUCAUCGUCAGCUGGUGAUAGUGGGGCUAAUGCGUCCAGUAGUUUAUUCGGUGGUUUCGUAAACGGAAGUUCGGUAAACAUCGGUUCUUGGUAUCCUCCGUUCGAAAGUUUUGUAUCGUCCGUUAAUUUAAGCGGUGACGGCCUGGUGCCAGUCACGAGAACCGCGGCCGCCGAGGAAUCGCUGAAUCGGACGACGGAUGCUCGGGUGUCGGUCAAUCAACUCGCAGCCGGCCAUCAACUGCAUCAACAGCCAUCGUGGCCCAUCGGGAGUGGUGAUCUGGCUUCGGUCUUCGGAACUGCCACCAGUGCCGGGACAGCCGGGUUCAUCGGUCAGAAGCUGGAAAUUUCGGAAACGGUCGGCACCGUCAAUGGGAGCAGCACCGAUUCGGACGGCGUCGUUUCGCCGAAGCUCCUGAUCGCCAACUGGCAGGAUUUGCUCAUUGUGAUAUUGUUCUGUUUACUAAUCGUGGUGACUGUGAUUGGCAAUACGCUAGUGAUCUUAUCGGUGAUUACGACUCGGCGCCUCCGAACGGUGACCAACUGCUUUGUGAUGAGUCUGGCCGUUGCCGACUGGUUGGUCGGAAUCUUUGUGAUGCCACCGGCUGUUGCGGUCCAUAUAAUCGGAUCGUGGCCGCUCGGAUGGAUUCUGUGUGAUAUAUGGAUCUCAUUAGAUGUUCUACUGUGUACGGCGUCAAUCCUUAGCUUAUGUGCAAUUAGUAUAGAUAGGUAUUUAGCAGUUACGCAACCACUCAACUAUUCUCGACGGAGAAGAUCGAAAAGGCUGGCCUUGCUGAUGAUCUUGGUCGUUUGGAUACUGGCGCUGGCCAUCACCUGUCCUCCCAUUUUGGGUUGGUACGAACCGGGUCGCCGGGAGCUGGACCAGUGCCGGUACAACCAGAACGAGGGCUACGUCGUGUUUUCGGCCAUGGGUUCCUUUUUCAUCCCGAUGGCAGUCAUGAUCUAUGUGUACGUCCGGAUUUCCUGUGUCGUGGCCUCCAGGCAUGACAAGAUGACGGAAAUAGAAGUGCACAAGAAAGGCCAUCGGGCCCGAGACCCGCUGACAGGGGCAGGAUUCUGCGGUAUCAACGUGGGAGGCGCUCCGGUUGGUCUGGAUUCCGGUGGCGGAGGAGGAGGAGGCGUAACAGGAAUCGGGGGAGGUGCUGCUGGCUGCGGUGUACCAAAUGUUGACGAUGUGUGUUACCACUAUGCUUCUGAACUGGAUACCGGGCAGCUGAGCCCGGCCGGCAAACACAAGAGGUCCUCGUCCCAGUUGUCCACUGCAACGGCAACCUACGUGACACAGCUGACCGGUGGCUCCCUGGAUGAUUGUUCAGUGGUUACAUCUGUCGGGGGGAUGAGCAAGAGCAGAAAUCAUAAGAAUGGGUGCUACGAGUUGGUCGACAUCAACUCGAUUGGAACGGCGGCAGCAGGAAAGCAUGGCCGCCGAGGGGAUGGCGAGGGCGAUGGGCCAGAGUCACCGGUGGAAAAACGAGGUUCUUCUAACAACAACGUGCACUACAAACUGGCCUCAACAACCGAGCUUUGGCCCUCGACCAACAAUGUUUUCAAUCAACAAAUAAAGCCACAAACAGCAAAUCAAGUGGCCAACAGUGGGGGCUUGCGGCGCACCAAUACCAUUAGUAACUCAAUUACGACGUCGGCCACCUCUGCUGGGACCGGAGCCCGGAAUAUGCGAAUCCAUCAGCAAAAGUCACUCUCGUCUCGGAUUCUCUCGAUGAAGCGCGAAAAUAAAACGACCCAGACAUUGAGUAUCGUGGUCGGCGGCUUUAUCGCCUGCUGGCUGCCCUUCUUCAUCCACUAUCUGAUAACGCCCUUCCUGCCGGCCGAACUUCGGGAAAACAAAUUGGGCGAAUUCUUCACGUGGCUCGGCUGGAUCAACAGCGCCAUCAAUCCGUUUAUCUAUGCGUUCUAUAGUGUCGAUUUCCGGGCGGCCUUCUGGCGCCUAACCUUCCGGCGUUUCUUCCGAGACAGCGACCGGGCACCGUUUGCUCAUUUACACAACAUGUCCAUGCGGCGAUAAAUCUCAAUGGCCGCAGCCGCCGAGGGUGGACACAUUUUCGCCAGAGCAUAAUCUGGACUCACAUAUCGUUAAGCGUGAUCUCUCUCUCUCUCUUCACCUUCCUUACCUUUCUCUUUCUCGCAUUGGGAAGUUUCCCGGAAACUUCUCUUUGGAAAAGUUUGCCUUUUUCCAAACUCAACACCACCAACUAGUGGAAGAAACCGUACAGUUGCGGUUUUUGUUUCCGUUCCCGGCAUCGAAACUUUAGCAUGCCGGAGCACAUUCUCUGAAAUCGGUUACCGGAAUGUGAGAUUCGAAAAUCAAUCAACAGGUGUUCGAGUGCGGUCGAUUUAUCUUCCAUCGAAAUUUUCCCAAGUUCGAUCCGUUCAAUUGAACAAAGUUAGUUGCCUACGAACACGUCUGUCUUGUCGUGUGAGACCUCUGCUUCAACCGUUAUCUACUGUACCUACUGUAAAUCGAUUUGUCGGAAGCGAUUUCCAAAGAUUGUUAGACUUGUUGGUAGUAAUUAUAAGUGCAAAGAAAAACUCAAAUCGAAGUGUUUUUGUUUUGGAAGCGAAAGCUUACUCUCAUGAUAGUUUAUAGAUAUAAAAACGAUAUGUAAACAAUUGUUCGUUUAAAUUUA